AAAAAAAAAGAAUUUGAAGUGGAUAAAUGCAUGGGGGGGUGGGUAGCUGAGGGCCACCCAACUCCAUCAUCACAGCCUAAACUCAUGACCCCAACCUCAUUAAUUAAAAACAUGCCAACCAACUCUUAACACACACAUAAAUACACCCCACCACCUCAAACUAAAUGAAUUCAUCAUCAUCUCAUCAUCCUACCUAUCAACUCCUACUCACAUUCAUACUAUUUCCCAUCCCUCCUCAAUUUUUUCAUUUUGAGGUAGCUUAUGAUGAUGAGUAGCACAAUGGAAGACUUCACCUUCCCUAUAAUCACUACCAACAAUCUCGUGCGUCUCGCUGUUCUUCCUCCCCUUUGGAGAAUCUCAUCUGUCAACAACCAAUCAGAUGAGUUCGAGUUCCAAGAAAAUGGGAGAAAACGACACGUCUGCAGAAGUUUCUCUGAGGUAGAAGAUCAAAUCAUGCAUAAGGACGCGUAUGGCCGUACUAUUGGGGGAAACGAUGAAAAAGCAGAAACGGAAGAGAAGAUGGACAUGCUGUGGGAGGAUUUCAACGAGGAAUUACAAGAUAGUUGCAACGCUAUUGGUAAUUCUUCUAUCGGGAGCAGUGGCUCCGACUCUGAACCCCAUCAUUAUUAUUAUCAUCAUCACAAGUAUAACAGUAAGAAUUUGGAGAAAGAAUUUGAAACUGCGGACGAAUACGGUCAUGAAGAGGCCAUGCCGACGAAAAAAAAGAACAUGGAAUUGGUUUUGAAGAUGAUGAAGAAGCUUGGGCUCCUACAAAACAAGGGUAGGAUCAAGAAAAGAGGUCACAAAUAUUAUUAAUUAGGUUAUCAUUUGUAUAGUAUGGUCAGUUCUUUAGUCUUUUCAUGUGUAGAAAGAAACUUGAACAUGUAAUAGUUAGUAUGAUAUUUUCACACAUAUGAAUAGCUUUUUUCUGUUCUAAAUUUGAUAUAAUUAUGAAAA